AUGUCUGAGAUUAUAGUUGUUGAGAGUAUUCCUCUCGACAUGAAAUAUGAGGUGAAUGCUACCUUUGGAACACCGCUGUACAAAGCAUGGAGCGACCUUCUCUCCAUGGCAGAAGAGCAAGUUGACAUUGCCUCCUUCUAUUGGUCUCUCACAGGUGAAGACAUCAACGUUAACUCAUCUACUGACCAGCCUGGCAGAAACAUACUAGAGCAAAUAAAAUAUAUGCCAUCCAGAAACGUGUCAGUACGUGUUGUGACCAGCAUUCCCACUCUUGCCAGCAACUCGACAGACCUGAAAGUUUUAAGACAAAAUGGAGUACAGGUAAGAAGAGUGAACUUUGGCCAUCUGACCGGUGGAAUUCUGCAUACCAAGUUCUGGAUCGUUGAUCGGAAGCAUCUCUACAUUGGAAGUGCAAACAUGGACUGGAGAUCUUUAACUCAGGUCAAAGAGGUUGGAGCUGUGAUCUAUAACUGCUCCCAUCUUGCCAGUGACCUCCAUAAGAUCUUCUUGUCUUAUUGGGUGAUGGGUCAUCGCAAUGCCUCUCUCCCAAAUCCAUGGCCUUCAUCCUUUGACACCUUGAUUAAUCAGGAAAAGCCCUUGCUAGUGAACCUAAGUGGUGUGCCUAGUCAAGUGUACAUUUCGGGUUCUCCUCCUGUUUUCUGUCCACACUCUCGCACCAAGGACCUGGACGCUAUAUUGUCAGCCAUUGCAGAGGCAGAGCGCUUCAUUCAUAUAGCACUUAUGGAAUACUUACCCUUAUCUCAGUUCUCACGUCCUAAGAGGUACUGGCCAGUUAUUGAUGAUGCAAUAAGGGGGUCUGUUUUUGAGAGGAAUGUGUCUGUGCGUCUGCUGGUCAGUUGUGGGCGUAAUUCUGACCCUACCAUGCUGCCUUUCCUUCAGUCUUUGGCUGCCCUGCAGUAUCCAGAUUCAAACGUUCAUCUGGAAGUGAAAAUAUAUAUUGUGCCCGUUGGCAACCACUCAGACAUUCCUUAUGCCAGAGUGAACCACAAUAAAUAUAUGGUGACUGAUAAGGUUGCCUAUGUAGGUACCUCAAACUGGUCUGCUGACUACUUCAGCAGCACAGCAGGAGUGGGACUGGUGGUAUCUCACGACACCAUAAACUCAACAUAUCCCAGAGACACAUUUCAGGAACAGCUGAAAAAAGUGUUUGAAAGGGAUUGGGAAUCAGAGUAUUCAGUUCCACUGGCCAGCUCUGGUGAAAACCCUGACUGUGCAUUCUGGAAGAUACAGAGAGGAAACUAG